AUGGGUGGUCAUAAAAGGAAGCACCACUUCAGCAGAAUCCAUGCAUUCUCAUGUGGGAAAGCAUCUUUCAAAGGUGAACAUUCACUAAUAGGAGGCCCUGGCUUCUCAAGGAUAGUGUACUGCAACGAACCAGAACAUGCUGAAGGGAUUCUUCUUAAUUAUGGUGACAAUUAUGUCAGAACUACUAAAUAUACACUUGCUACUUUCCUACCCAAGUCCUUGUUUGAGCAAUUCAGGAGAGUUGCCAAUUUUUACUUCCUUGUUUGUGGAAUCUUGUCGUUCUUUCCAGUAUCUCCUUAUUCAGCCAUCAGCAAUGUAGUUCCUCUUGUGGUUGUGGUUGCUGCUACAAUGGGGAAAGAGGCAGUUGAGGAUUGGAGGAGGAAAAAGCAGGAUAUCGAGAUGAAUAACAGAAAGGUUAAAAUGCAUCGUGGAGAAGGUGUUUUUGAGUAUUCUAAAUGGAAAGAUUUGAAAGUUGGAGACAUAGUAAAGGUUGAAAAAGAUGAAUUUUUCCCUGCUGAUCUCAUCUUACUUUCAUCAAGCUAUGACGAUGCAAUUUGCUACGUUGAGACCUUGAAUCUUGAUGGAGAAACAAAUCUUAAGCUGAAACAAGCACUGGAAGAAACUUCAAAGUUGCAAGAAGACUCAAGCUUCCAAAAUUUUCAGGCUAUCAUCAAAUGUGAAGAUCCAAAUGCAAAUUUGUACUCAUUUAUAGGCAGCCUUGAUCUCCAAGAUCAACUGUAUCCUCUUGCACCUCAGCAGCUACUGCUUAGGGACUCAAAGCUGAAGAACACAGAUUUUAUCUAUGCUGUGGUAAUCUUUACAGGCCAUGAUACAAAGGUUAUGCAGAAUUCUACAGAGCCUCCAUCAAAGAGAAGCAAAGUUGAGAAACGGAUGGAUAAGAUCGUCUACUUUCUGUUCUUUGUCUUAUUUUUUAUUUCUUUUAUUGGUUCUAUUUUCUUUGGGAUUGCAACAAGAGAGGACCUUGAAAAUGGUGUAAUGAAGAGAUGGUACCUUAGACCAGAUGAUACCACAAUUUACUAUGAUCCAAAGAAAGCACCAGUUGCAGCCAUUCUGCAUUUCUUGACUGCACUUAUGUUGUAUAGUUACUUGAUUCCGAUAUCAUUGUAUGUCUCCAUUGAAAUUGUGAAAGUUCUUCAAAGCAUUUUCAUCAACCAGGAUGUUCACAUGUAUUAUGGGGAAACUGACCAGCCAGCACAUGCUCGUACCUCAAAUUUGAAUGAAGAACUUGGCCAAGUUGAUACUAUACUUUCAGAUAAAACAGGAACUUUGACUUGCAAUUCUAUGGAAUUUGUCAAGUGUUCUAUUGCUGGCAUUCCCUACGGACGAGGAGUUACAGAAGUUGAGAGAGCUCUAGCCAGGAGAAAAGGAUUACCUUUAGGACAAGAGCUGACAGAAGAUGACAAUGUUGCUGAGAUUUUUGAAGCAAAGUCAUCUGUUAAAGGUUUUAACUUCAUGGAUGAAAGGAUCAUGAAUGGAAAUUGGGUCAAAGAACCUCAUGCCAAUGUAAUCCAGAACUUCCUGCGGUUGUUGGCAGUAUGUCAUACUGCAAUACCUGAAAUUGAAGAAGAAACUGGCAAAGUUUCUUAUGAAGCUGAGUCCCCUGAUGAGGCAGCUUUUGUGAUUGCAGCCAGAGAACUUGGAUUUGAGUUUUAUGAAAGGACACAGACAACUAUUUCGCUUCGCGAAUUCAAUUCCACAUCAGGCAAGACAACUAGAAGGUCCUACAAACUUUUAAAUAUAUUAGAUUUUAGUAGUGCAAGAAAGCGGAUGUCUGUAGUUGUAAGAGAUGAGGAAGGGAAACUACUACUACUUAGCAAAGGUGCUGACAGUGUCAUGUUUGAACGACUUGAAAAGAAUGGAAGGGAGUUUGAAGAGAAGACUAUGCAGCACAUCAAUGAAUAUGCUGAUGCUGGCUUGAGGACCUUGGUACUUGCAUAUCGCGAACUUGAUGAGGAAGAGUACAAUCUAUUUAAUAAAGAGUUUAUGGAGGCCAAGAACAUAGUGAGUGCAGACCGAGAGCAAAUUGUAGAGGAAAUAUCAGAAAAGAUUGAGAAGGAUUUAAUUCUUCUUGGUGCUACUGCAGUUGAAGAUAAACUUCAAAAUGGGGUUCCUGAGUGCAUUGACAAGUUAGCACAGGCAGGAAUUAAGCUAUGGGUUUUGACAGGUGAUAAAAUGGAGACAGCAAUUAAUAUUGGUUUUGCUUGUAGUUUACUCAGACAAGGAAUGGAGCAAAUUAUAAUUAGUUCAGACACGCCAGAAACCAAAUCACUGGAGAAAGUGGAGGACAAGUCUGCUGCUGCAGCGGCAAUUAAGGAAAGUGUUCUUCGACAAUUAAGGGAAGGAAAGGCAUUACUUGCUGCAUCUGAUGAAAACUCCGAGGCAUUAGCUCUUAUCAUUGAUGGAAAGUCUCUCUCUUAUGCACUAGAAGAUGAUGUCAAGGACUUGUUUCUUGCACUUGCUGUUGGCUGUGCAUCUGUUAUAUGCUGCCGUUCAUCUCCCAAGCAGAAAGCACUUGUUACUAGACUAGUAAAGAUUAAAACUGGUUGUACAACUCUAGCAAUUGGUGAUGGAGCAAAUGAUGUUGGAAUGCUCCAAGAAGCAGACAUUGGGAUUGGUAUAAGUGGUGUAGAAGGAAUGCAGGCAGUUAUGUCAAGUGAUGUCGCAAUUGCCCAAUUCCGAUUUCUAGAGCGUUUACUUCUUGUGCAUGGACAUUGGUGUUACAGAAGAAUCACAUCAAUGAUCUGCUACUUCUUUUACAAGAAUAUUGCCUUUGGCUUCACACUAUUCUUCUAUGAGAUCUAUGCCUCAUUCUCGGGGCAAGCUGCAUACAAUGAUUGGUUCCUGUCACUAUAUAACGUAUUCUUCACUUCCCUUCCUGUAAUUGCCUUGGGAGUGUUUGACCAGGAUGUCUCUGCUAGAUUCUGUCUCAAGUUCCCAUUAUUAUAUCAAGAAGGUGUACAAAAUGUCCUAUUUAGCUGGAAAAGGAUUCUUGGCUGGUCAUUCAAUGGAGUCUUGAGUGCUACCAUAAUAUUCUUCUUCUCCAUCAAUGCAAUGGAACAUCAAGCAUUCCGCAAAGGAGGGGAAGUUGUGGGACAGGAAGUUCUUGGUGCCACCUUAUACACAUGUGUUGUGUGGGUCGUGAAUUGCCAAAUGGCAUUAUCUAUUAGUUACUUCACUUACAUACAACAUAUAUUCAUCUGGGGUGGCAUUCUUUUUUGGUAUACAUUCCUCCUAGCUUAUGGAACCAUGGACCCCUCCUUAUCAACCACUGCCUAUAAGGUCUUAAUUGAAGCUUGUGCACCAGCACCAUCUUAUUGGCUCAUCACUUUGCUUGUGCUUGUUGCUUCACUCCUUCCAUAUUUUGCCUAUGCUUCAAUCCAAAUGCGGUUCUUCCCUAUGUUCCAUCAAAUGAUACAUUGGAUACAAAAUGAUGGGCAAGCAACUGACCCAGAAUAUGUUAAUGUUGUGAGGCAAAGAUCAAUAAGACACACAACAGUUGGGUUCACAGCUCGUUUUGAAUCAUCCCAAAGUUUGGAAGCAUCCAAGAGUUUUAAAGUCUGAAAACCAUUAACAUGAAAGUUUUUUUGGUUUCUUUGUUGUAUGGAAAACUCUUUGGCCUGAACAUAACCCUAAAUUUGUUAAUACAGAUUA